AUGAAUGUUAUACCGUGUUCCAUUAAAACACUCAAAGGAUUAUAUGAUAUAUCGGGUGUAGAAGUAGGCCAACAUUUAUAUUGGCAAAUAGGGGCUUUACAAAUACAUGCCCAAGUACUUAUCACUUCUUGGGUCGUAAUUGCUAUCUUAUUAGGUUCAGUCAUCAUAGCUGUUCGGAAUCCACAAACCAUUCCGAGCGGUGGUCAGAAUUUCUUCGAAUAUGUCCUUGAAUUUAUUCGAGAUUUGAGCAAAGCCCAAAUUGGAGAAGAAUAUGGUCCUUGGGUUCCCUUUAUUGGAACUAUGUUCCUAUUUAUUUUUGUUUCUAACUGGUCAGGUGCUCUUUUACCUUGGAAAAUCAUACAGUUACCUCACGGGGAGUUAGCUGCGCCCACGAAUGAUAUAAAUACUACUGUUGCUUUAGCUUUACCCACGUCAGUAGCAUAUUUUUAUGCAGGUCUUACCAAAAAAGGAUUGGGUUAUUUCAAAAAAUACAUUCAACCAACUCCAAUUCUUUUACCAAUAAAUAUCCUAGAAGAUUUCACAAAACCCUUAUCUCUUAGUUUUCGACUUUUCGGGAAUAUAUUGGCUGAUGAAUUAGUAGUUGUUGUUCUUGUUUCUUUAGUACCUUCAUUAGUUCCUAUACCCGUUAUGUUUCUUGGCUUAUUUACAAGUGGUAUUCAAGCUCUUAUUUUUGCAACUUUGGCUGCGGCUUAUAUAGGCGAAUCCAUGGAAGGUCAUCAUUAA